CGAGUGCUGUGUUAUGACCCAAAGAAACCAAGCUCGUGUUUAUUUAGCAGGGAAAACAACAACACGUUUUCUCAGCACUCCUUUCUCCGAAAGCAUUUAAACGCCUCUAUUUUUAACUUAUCGCCAAUGAUCUCCGGAGGAAAUGUAGUUCCCAGUUGGAAUUUUACACUUCUUGGACUUUGUGGAGCGAUUAUUAUAAAGAAAAAGAAGAGAAGAGGGUUUUAAAAAAUAAUUCCAAAACGAUUAUUUGUCUUACCUUCAAGUUCUGGAGAGACCGUAGCGACGCUCCUGUCUCAGCGCUGCCAUUUCUACAACUGAGCACCAUCAGCGACAUCCUGCCUGUGGCGUGACGUCACGACGCGGGGGCGGGGCCAGCCUCGCACACACAUGAUAUAGUGGACGCCAGCCGGGAGGAGAGGUAGAGGAGGUCAGAGUGCACUACGGAAGGUACGCAACUGUUGGCAAAAUGUGAGACAUUUUUCACAGAUGAAGCCAAGAUUUCGGGAUGCCGUGCCAUCUGAAUUUAAUGAAACGUGGCACGUGUUUUCAUCAAUAUUACAUCAUGGGAAUAUUCCAAUGUUUUGGGAGGUUGUAGGCGUUCACAGUUUAGCGACCGACUAACUGACUUACGCCUGAUAGGAUCAUCUAAUUCCAUAGACAAGCAGAUGGUGUCCAUCGCUCUCUGAAUGGGAAAUGGAACCAGUGUCUUGUUGUGAGAAGCAUGUGGACCCAACAUGUGAACUUGAGGGUACGCUUGGACCUGAGGAGGGGACAGAGGAGGAGCUGAGUAGACCCAAGAUAGCCCAAGAUGAGAGCCUAAGAGGAGACAUCGCGCUGGAAAACUGUGAGAGCAGAAACUCAUGCGGUCCAGAACAAGAAGAAUCAGAGACACGAUGCCGUGGACGGGGAGAAUUGAAAAAGACAAACAGCUGGAAGAUGGUUCGAUUCCAAGAACCGUCCUUGGAGGACGAUGUGCUGGAGAGGGACAGCUCGGCAGAGAGUCUUUUUCCAGAAUACGCCUUGGAAGAGUGGACCACCAUCUCCUUUGAGAAUCUGUUCAUGAAGGAAGACUGGCAGUACAUAACAGAUGACCGACUGCUGAGGAAAAAGCUGCUGGAGCCUGCCGCCCCCUCGGCCCCUCGUCCCAUCUGGGGCCAACAAGUUACUGUGAAGAUGCAGGCUGUCCUGGAGGACCGCACUGUAGUGGAGAAGGAUAGCAAGUUGGUGUUUGUUAUCGGGGAAAGAGACGUAAGCCAGGCGCUGGAGGAGUGCGUCCUGUCCAUGCACAAGGGUGAGAUCACAUUACUGCUGGCUGACUCUCAGUACGCAUACGGGCUCGUGGGCAGAGAGCCUGACAUCCCCGCAUGGGCUCCUCUGCUCUACCAGCUGCAGCUGCUGGACAUCACAGAUAAACCAGAUCCACUGAAUAUGCCAGUAUCGGAUCGCAUCCGCAUCGGAAACCAGAAGCGAGAGCGAGGGAACUUCCAUUUCCAGAGAGAGGAGUAUAGCAUGGCCGCGCGAGCCUACUGUAUGGCUCUGGAUGUCCUUACCACUUGUGGCAGAGAUGCUGGUGACUGUGGCGCCAAGGAGGAAGAGCAGGAAGUGCACGACUACAGGGUGAAGUGUUUGAACAACCUGGCCACUGCUCAGCUCAAACUGGAGAAGUACAACGAGGCGCUGCACACUAGCCGUGACGUCCUGGCCCUCGACCCCAACAAUGUCAAGUCUCUCUAUAGGGCAGGAAAGAUUUUGUCAGACUUGAGUCAAUACAAAGAGGCCAUGGAGCUGCUCAAGAAGGCCUUGAAACUGGAACCGACCACCAAGGCUAUCCACGCUGAGCUUUCCAAGCUUGUAAAAAGGCAGUCUGGAGGCAAAGCCAUACGGGAAUGGAAGGCCAAGCCCGCAGAGGUGCUCGGAGACAACAUCACACCUUUCCUCCUGGCCUCCAAAAAUACCUCAUCGGCCAUCUCCUGGAAGUUGAUACUCGGAGCUUUGGUGGUGGCGCUGGGCAGCUUAGUGACAUCAGUCAUUCUCACCGCAAGGAACUGAGCAUGUCAUUUUUCCCUUAUUUGAGCAACUGAGUAGUGUGCUAACUCCAUUUUUUUGUCCUUUUAAGCCAGGGGUCCCCAAACUACGGCCUGCACAUUUGGUCCGGCCCCCUGAACAAUUUUUUUUUUUUUUUUUUUUUACUUGUGUUAUUUAUUUCCUGGCUUUUUCUGUGAAGAACCCAGAGAGGGUUAUUUGGUUAUUAUAUAUUUAAUUAAUAAUUAUUAUAGUAUUAUUUUUAUUGUAUUUACUUUUGUUCCGUGAAGAAUCCAGAAAGGGUUAUUUGAUUGUAGCUUUCUGAAAAACAAUACAUUUUUACAUUUAGGCACUCCUGCAAUCGUCACACUUUUUCUGUUACAAACUGACCCCGGCCCCUCAUCAGAGAAGGGAAAAGUUAUGUGGCCCUCACAGUAUAAAGUUUGGGGACCCCUGUUUUAAGCACAGAAAAGAAUAGAGAAAAUGUCCUAAAUCAAGGUUGUUGUUUUUUUCCAAAUUUUUAUGUUAAGGGUGAUGUUUUCUUACAAAGAAUAAGUGCAACAUUGGGUCAAAUCCAACUUCCAAGAUGGCUGUACCCAUCACACCCAAAAAAACCUUUUUAAACAGUCUCAUGUAAAAUGACAAGUAACAGCUUACACCAUUCUAGUUCAAAGUGGCACAUUUACAUUCUGUACAGGCAAGGUUGCACCCGGAAAACUUGCAAAGCCUGGUGAUUAAGAAGCCCAUCUGCGGUCCACCAUGUUUUGACUUAUGUUUCAUGAGCAAUUUAUUAAUGCUAGUCUUAAUGAAGAUAUUCUUGAAAUACAAUUUUAAUAAAAUAUAAACGAAAAGACAUACAAUUUGGUGCACUGGUAGAGCUGAGUUCAUAUAUCAACCAAUAGAUGUCACCAUUGCGCUUUCAAAUGUAUCAGCAGAUGUGGUUGAAAUGUGUUUUCUUUAUAUAUAUUUAUACUUUUUUUUUUUUUUUUAUAGUAUUGUUAUAGGCUGGUGGGGGGCGGACCCUGAUAAAGAACCAGACAAUGGAAAAUUUAUACAGUAAAUAAAGCUUAUUACAUGAAAAAUGAAGAAAAGCAAAAUUCUGACACUAAUUAAUCUUCCCAGAUUUUAUUUGCAAAAAUGUUGACACUUUUGUAAUAAAAAAGGGGAAAAAAGUGCUUUGAUCAGUGUGUUUAUACUAUUAUAUAAAAAAGUGUGCAGUGAGGUUUAUUAAAAUAGCUCCAAAAUACUAUCUUUACCCUUCAUGUUUAAGAAAAUGUAAAGGUGCAGUUUCUAUCUUACAAAAAAAAAAAGUUUGCACCCUUACUAUACCAGUAGGACCAAUAAAUACAAAAAUAGUGAUAUCAAAUUACAUAUAGGAUACUGGUAUUUUUAGAAGACAGUGCUUUUAUCCAGGCAAUGGAGAGAAAAUAUUAGGAGCAUGUGUGUUAAAAAAAUCCUUCAUUGCAAAAAAUUAUGACUAUGUAUAUAUAUCGAAAAUAGAGGAAAAAAUUAUCGUGCCAUCCAACUACAGUCGGCAGCAUGUGCCAAAAGUCUUCUUUGCACUGUCGGCAGCCAGUUCCACCGGAGAUGUUUUAGGCUUCACCACUUUCACGUUCUUCUUCACUUCCCUUUUAACAGGCGACAAACAAGAACGGAGUCAGUCAAAUAUACAAAUUUGAAUUAAAACUAGUGUUGCACCACUAAUAUGGUAGUAUCGGAAGGGGGCCCGAUACGGCAUCGGCCAGUACUAAGAAAUAACGCGCAGAUCCUAUGCAAUAUGUAUUCUUCCAGAUUUCGUUUCUAGCCGCCAGUCACCCUACCCAGAAUGGCCGCCAGUGACAAAUGCAACUUUAACCCGCCAAAUUGCCAAAUGUAUCAAAUUUGAUAAAAUUAGAAUUUCAUGAUUUAGAGACUGUUAGAAUUUUUAUUUUCUCAAAAAAAAAAAAAGAAGGAAAAAAAAAAAACAUGGACGCAAGCAAUGUUCCCUCUGAUUUCAUGUGUGAGCAGACACACAAGCUCCCUAAGCCCACUGAGGACCACUGUGAGCAACAUCAGUUGUGUACACUGUGGCCACACACCAGUGUCACACCUGUUCAAAACUGUGGAUCAUGCAAUUUAUACGGCUUAUUAAAAGAAUGAAAUUACAGCAGCAAUUUUCAUUAGUUUCCUUUUAUUAUAAUUGAUUUAACCCACUUAAGGACAAAAGGGGCAAAGGACAAAAAUCUCAUUGUUCAUGAGAUAUGCACUAUGUUACUAUAUGUGAAAGUUCUGCUUUAACCAUAGGAAAACUCAUGCUUUGGCCUGGGGGAGUUAAUAAAACAACGAACAACCACAAUGCGAGUGCAGAGAUCCCUCGUUUUUCACAGUUAAUGGGGACCAGAACCCACCGCGAUAAAUGAAAAACCAUGAUCCCGCUCCCCAAAAAACCAUGUUUUUGUUUAAUGUAUUUAUUCUAGUGCUGCAACAAUUAAUCGAUUAGAAAAAAAUAUUCGAAUUAAAUUUUGUUGCUUCGAGUAGUCGUUUAAUUAAAGACAUUGUGAUGGUUUAUUUUGAAAGUGUUUGCAUUUAGUUUUAUUGAUUAGGGUGGAUACGCUGCUCUCUGGUCUGCCUCUUUUCACAUGGCUGAAUCCAACUGCUCCCUGUUAUGACCAACGUAAGCUAAGUUUUUGUUUGAGCUAAUGUUUUUUUAAUACAUUCAGAAUUUAUAGUUUAGUUUAUAGGUUUAUAGGUUUAUACGCGGUCCCAGGCUUCAACUGGGACCGUGUGCUUUGGUCAGAUGAGACCAAGAUUGAGCUUUUUGGCAACAAACACUAAGUGGGUCUGGCGUGCCACGAAAGAUGCGCAUGCUGAAAAGCACCUCAUACCCACUGUGAAGUAUGGGGGUGGGUCAGUGAUGCUGUGGGGCUGUUUGGCUUCCAAAGGCCCUGGGAACCUUGUUAGGGUGCAUGGCAUCAUGAAUGCUUUGAAAUACCAGGACAUUUUAAAUCAAAAUCUGUUGCCCUCUGCCCGAAAGUUGAAGAUGGGUCGUCACAGGGUCUUUCAGCAAAACAAUGACCCUAAACAUAUGGCCAAAUCUACACAGAAAUGGUUCACCAGACACAAAAUCAAGCUCAUCCCAUGGCCAUCUCAGUCCCCAGACCUUGUUUUGUUGGCAAAAGUAUGUUGUACAAAGUAUUAACACCAGGGAUGCUAAUAAUUGUGACACACAUUAUUUGAUGUCAAAUAUUUUUUCUUUGUGUGGGAUUUUUUUCCCCACUGAAUAAAUGCACUUGUAUUGAAGGUUGGAUUUUUCUCUUUUUUUUCCAUUAAGGUCCCAUAUUAUUUGAAGAUUAAAAAAAAUAAUUAGAAGCUAAAAAAACACAUCUUUUUCAGGGGUGCCAAUAAUUAUGGAGGGCACUGAAUGUACAGUAUGUUGAAUGUAUAUAUCAGUUUUGUGUCUUAUCUUUCCAUUUCAACAAUAAUUUACAGAAAAAUAUGGCAUAUUUUAAAGAUGGUUUGAAGUGCGAUUAAGUACGAUUAAUUAAUUAUUAAGCAGUGAUUAACUCGAUUAAAAAAUGUAAUCAUUUGACAGCCCUAGUCUUAACAGGGAGCAGCUGGAUUUAGCCAUGUUAAACGAGUUAUAUUAUUUAUUGUUGCCACUAGAGGGCAGUGUAUCCACCCAAAUCAAUAAAACUAAAUGCAAACGCUUUCAACACAAACCAUUACAAUUCCACCCUAAUUCGCGAAUACUCGAAGCAGCAAAAUUUGAUUUGAAGGUUUUUUCAAAUCUCAUUACUUGAGAAUCAAUUAAUCAUUGCACCACUAGUGGGCUUGACGUCAAAUUGACAAGUCUUUGAUAUCGUUUUAAGUCUCAAGUUUUAAGGGAGUUCACACAUUUAUUGUCACCAAAAUCAGAUAAACACAAAGAUUGUUAAGCAGUGUCCGACUAAGCCAAGAUAGCUAUUAUUUUACAUUGAAGUAUGCAGUAAUUUAAUACUAAAAGAAAAAUAGUUUGUAAAACAAAAAAAAAAAAACCUGGCCGAUACAACAUAGCCGGUAAGCGGAAUCGGUAUCAGGGGCCCCAAAAAAUUAUAUCUAACACUGAAAAGCACCAAAUGAAACCAACCUGGCCAGAUGAAGCACCGCUUCCACCACGUUGGUUCCUUCUUUGGCGCUGGUUUCGCAGAACAACGCGCCGUACGCCUGCAAAAGUAGAGCAAACACGCUUGUUACCUAAAUGAAAAACAACAAAUUAACAAAAAAAAAAGGCUGACUAACCGUAGCCAACUUUUCUCCGUGCGAAGUGCUAACACAGCGCUUAGCGGGCGUGUGUUCUCUCUUAUCUACCUUGUUGCCAAUAAUGCAAACGGGGAUUUUUUCAUCUGCGGAAUCCUGAUUGAAGAACAAACAACUUGUGGUUUUGUUGUCAUUAAGCUGUGGGUAAUUGGAUAGGAGUCGUGGAAAGUACCCGAAUCUGAUCUAGCCAGUCUCUAAUGCUGAGGAAACUUGGUUCUGACGUCACGUCGUAUAAGAGCAGGACCCCUUCAGCUUUUCGGAAAUAAGACCUAGCAAUACUCCGGAACCUGCAAAAAUAACAAACCUAUUGUGAUGCAUGUAUCAUCUUUUUAUUAUUAUAUAUUAUUAUUUAUUAUUAGGGCUGUCAAACGAUUAAAAAUUUUAAUCGAGUUAAUCACAGCUUAAAAAUUAAUUAAUCGUAAUUAAUCACAAUUCAAUCUAUCUCUAAAAUAUGCCAUAUUUUUCUGUAAAUUAUUGUUGGAAUGAAAGACAUAUACAUUCAACAUACUGUACAUAAGUACUGUAUUUGUUUAUUAUUACAAUAAAUCCACAAGACGGCAUUAACAUUAGUGCUGCAACGAUUAAUCGAUUAACUUGAGUAUUCGAUUAGAAAAAAAUAUUCGAAUUAAAUUUUGCUGCAUCGAGUAUUCGUUUAUUUAAAGUGACGUUGUAAUGGUUUAUCUUGAAAGUGUUUGCAUUUAGUUUUAUUGAUUUGGGUGGAUACACUGCCUUCUAGUCCCCCUCAAUUCACAUGGCUGAAUCCAGGUGCUCCCUGCCAAGACCAACAUAGGCUAAAUUUUGUUUAAGCUACUGGUUUUUUUUGCAUUUGCAUUUUUAUGCGUUUGUAAUUUAGUUUAUAGGUAUAUAUAGCCUAUUUUUGUGGGAAUAUGUGUCUGAACCAUUUGUUAAGAGCAUUGUAAAAAAGUUAGCAUUAGCAAGUUAGCACCAAUUUUUCUUUUGUUGUACAUAGAUCAUUUAUUUUUUAUACCGUUUGAGGCUCAGCUCAGGUAAUUAAAUUUUUCAUGUUCCUUAUCCAACUACUCGAUUAUUCGAACUAAUGGUUUAUCGAUUAAUCGACUACUAAAAUAAUCGAUAGCUGCAGCCCUAAUUAACAUUAACAUUCUUUCUGUGAAAGGGAUCCACGGAUAGAAAGACUUGUAAUACUUAAAAGAUAAAGGUGAGUACAAGUAAUACAAAUACAGAGUACAAGUUAUAGUAAUUUUGAUAGUUUGUACAUUGUGACUAAAUAUUGCCAUCUAGUGUAUUUGUUAACCUAAACUUAAUCUUUGAAUAGAGUAUUAUUUUUCAUAGCUAUUUUGAUUGGGAAUGUCAGAUCUCUGCAUUGAGCGCUUUUCUUUUUGUGAACAUUAUUUUAUUUUUGAGAGAUAGGAAUAUUAUUUUUGUUGUGCUUUCACUAAAUGAUACUGUUGCGACUUAAAAGUUCUUAACUGGCCAAAUGCAUGAUGGGAAUUUAAGCAACCAUAAGUCACAGUAGUUGUCGCAAAUGGUAUAUCAUCUCUGCGUUGAGUACAAUACAUGGUGUUAAAAAAAAAAAAUCUCCAAUUAAUCUUCCCCAUGUCGCUUGUCACAAUAGUUAUAACAGUUGUGGAAGAGAUGCUAACGCUUAUUCCGUUAAAUGGCGCGGCUCCGAUAAAUGCCUGGGUUACCAAUUCGCCCUUCUUGGUAAUUGGCGGUGCUACGGACCGGGGAUUCAUGCUGGCUCAUUGUCAUCAGUUGGCUCGGUUCGUCCGAUUUCCUCCUGAGGAAGACGGUGGCGUACAUAUAAACACCGAGAGGCGUUGGAUGGCUUUUGUGGGUACUUUUACUAACAAAAGCAUGUGGGGGACGCAGCCCUUGAGCCUGCGCUAACUGCACAUUUUCUGUACUCUCUCGCUCGACCACUUUCUUCCUCACUGUUCAAUCUGACAAUGCCGGUCACAUUGAGAAUAACAGCGGCCCCCUUGACGGGUGCCGGUAACACCUGCGUCCACUCCACUUGCUUGUCUCUGCCCUUGGCUCUCAAUAUACUUCAAACCACGCCAUUGUAGUCUGUUCGCGGCAAUGCUUGAGUGGGUCGUUCCGGCCAUGCGUUAAUUGCGUUAAAUAUUUUAACGUGAUUAAUUUAAAAAAGUAAUCACCGCCCAUUAACGCGUUAAUUUUGACAGCCCUAUUUUUUGGGGGGGGCUGCCAUUGACAGCAAUAGACGUCUAAUCCAUUUGAACUGCCGAUGGCAGUCACCCAGUUAUUACAAAAGAUUGCGGCACCUUUCUUGUCCAGCUGUGUCCCAUAUCCGCAGGUUGGUCAUUUGUCCAUCUACGAUCAUUUUUUUCAUCUGGAAAUCGACACCUGCAAAAGUAAGCUCAUGUCUUUAAAGUUCAAGACUUUGUAGCAACAACAGUUUGUUGUUAAUUUCCAUACCUAGUGUGGUCUGUAUGUCGUCUCUAAACUGGUUGAAUGCCAGUCGAUGCAGGAAGCUGGACUUGCCCGCUCCGGAGUCUCCGGCCAAGACAAGACUGUAGAUUGGCGCGGUGUCAUCCAUGUCGCACACAUCCUCGCCCCCAUUCUUCGCAAAACAUAAGAUUAGACAAAUCAAAAGGUGUACGUGUGGUGAAAUCGCCAGAAUUUAUGAAGAAAACCUCCAUUCUGCAUUGAUCACAACUGGGGCUGGGCAAUUGACACAUUUUAAAUCUGAUUAACAGCUCAGAUAAGGAAUUAAGAGUAGUAUUUAGCACACACAAAGUCAAUAGAAAUGUGUGUUUUAGUAGGGCUGGGCAAUGAGUACACAUUAUAAUUGCGAGUAAUUGCUAAUUGUUUUUUUUCUUUUUUGUUCACCAUACUGUAACCAGAGAGAUUUAAAUAAUGCAUUCAAAUACAGUGGUACCUCUACGUACGAAGUUAAUUGGUUCCAAUACCUUGUUUGUAAGUCGAAAUGGUCGUAUGUCGAGCAGGAUUUCCCCAUAAGAAUACAUAAUAAUUCCAUUAAUUCGUUCCACAGCCCAAAAACCUACACUAAAUAAGUUAAAAAUGCCAGGUUGUUUGCAUGUUACAUGUUUUAGAUCCCCCUGGUGGAGAGUUGCAAUUUGUUGUUUUUAUGCUCAGGCAUAUUUUGGCCACCCAAAGAAAGCUAAGACCUAUGUUCUCAUGGGAAAAAAAAACAAGCCAACGCGUUGAUGAAGAGAAAGUUUUGGUCUGAUUAAUUCGGGACGGGCAUCAUUAUGGUUCCAUUCUUCUAGUAACACUAGCUCAGUGCUUGUUUUUUUUUUUUUUAACAAAAUCCUUAAUAAAUACUGCUGUUACUAUUGCAAAAAGCAAUUACAAGAGCAAAACAAAUACAUUAUGUAUUUUACAUAGUGUACCUGAACGCCCCGUGGGGCUGACGGCAGAGUGAGAGAGUGCAGUUGACUUUCUCUUUUCACGUCCUGUUGUUGCUAUCAGUUGGCGACGCGUGUUUUGUUGCAAUAGUUCUGAAUUAAAUGAUUAAAAACCUGACAAAGCCGGUGAUGUCUUUGGCGAUGAUACUAGAAUAAUAAUUGUCACCUUAACGUAUAAAGACUGGAGAACAGAGGUCGUCGGAUUAUUGUCAAGCAGUUCAUAGACGUGCACCCUACGCUCAUAUUUUUCCAUCAUUCAAACUUCAUUUCAAUGGUAAACCAAACUUUUUUUUCUUUUAUCAUCACCUGCUUUAAUAUUCUUGGAACCCAUGUUGAUUUCUCUUGCAAGAAAAUUCGCCGUGCGUCAGUCUUGCGGGAAAACAAUGAAAUUGCGACGCUGUCAUCAAUCGUCGUAUUUCGAACAUUUCGUCGGAUGUAGAAACGGAUGCCGUGUCAAAUUUUACGUCGGAUGCCGAAAAUAUCGUGUGUCGGAGCGAUCGUAUGUCGAGGUACAUAUAUAUACACACAUACAUACUAGGCCUGCAGCUAUCGAAUAUAUUAGUAAUCGAGUAAUCGACUGAAAAUUGUAUCGAUUAAUCGGAUUUUUUUUUUUUUUUUAGGUAAAGAGCAAUUAUAAAAAUAUACAUGAGAAAAAAAGACAUUUCAUGUAAUAUUGAACCAUUUUCAGUCAAUCAAUGUCUUUAUUUUCGAUGUACAUUGUUGAAAACAGCCAACAAUUGCAUCUCAGAUGUGACUAGAAAAAAACAUAUCUUACCUAAAAAUUUAAUUAUGCUUGGUAACACACAUCACUUGAAAGCUACGUGUUUUUCCCACAUGUUUCAAUUGAAUUUACAUUUGUGUCAAGCUAUUCUUAAAUUCUAGUUAAGUUUUAAGUUAGUCUAAACUGUAAGUACUGAUAGGAUUUUGAGUUUUUGCAGUGUAAAAAGUGCAAUAAAUGUAUGAUACCUGCUGUAUUGGAGCACAUUAGGGACCAGUGCUACUUGGUGUUUUAUUCAGGAAUGACUACUGAGCUAAAACUAAAAAAUUUUUUUGUUUGUUUGAUUGAAAAAACAAACAUCUGGAGAAAAUAAAUCAUUGCAUUAAAACUUCAAGUACACUUUUUUUGUCCAGUCCCAGCUACAAUUGUAAAUAAGCCAUUCUCAAUUGAAAUGGAUUGACUAUUUCUAGUCAAUGGUAGCCAAUGAGUUAAAUAGCAUCAUGUCAAAUGUUAUUUUCCUGUCUAGACUGCAGGUCUUAUAUUAAUAGAAUUCCAUGCAAAUUACUUGUCAUUUCUACGCAAGUACAGGUGUGACUACCUCAUUAUUAAAAGCAGGCAACAGCUUUCGAAAGGCAGAUGCGUUGGAGCUUGCAAAACUCUGACAGAGAGACAGCCCCGCCUCAGAUUUGGCGUCCAAAAACUACAAGGCACAAGAAAUUUGAAUUAUUCUUUGCGGGCUUUUUGUGAUCUUUACAAGCGCGACCCCUGACCUCAUGGUCCGAGUAGCUGAUGUGGACGGUCUCCGUGGAGUCUCGGCCAUCGUCAGUUUCCAUGUCAAAGUCGCUGGCCGAGCUGUCUAACGGCAGAGAGACGCCGCUGUCCAGGUACUUUUCGGCCCACGAGGACACCUCAGACAUGGUCGAUUUCUCUGAUUCUAUGCUCAAACUUGUACAAAAAAAAAAAAAAAAAUUGCAAUUACUCAUGUAUAGUUUGUCAUUUAUCUCUUCGGUACUUUUCAGUUCAGUAUCACAUAAUGUGUUAAAUUGGGGACAGUGGACAUCUAUUUAAAAGUUAACAUUAGCUUAACACAUUCACUGCCAGCCCAGGUCACAGAGUAUGUAUUGUGACGGUUAGUAAAAGAGGGAACUUGAUUUUGAAAACACCUCUUGACGGCAACAGAGGUCCAAUCCAUUUCAACUGGGAGGGGCUUAAAACUUCUGUCAAAAUAGACGUCCAGUAUUAAGAGGAAAAAAAAAAAAAAAAAAAAAGCUAAAUAAAACACUUAGGCAAUGUGACCCAUAGGCGGAGUUUGACUUUUGGGGUAAAGGGGGCAUAACAUGUUGAUGACCCCGAAACGCAGUGUCAGCAAUAAAAUUAACUUAAAAGAAUAUUUAUAAUAAUAAGUUGAAAAUGAGUGUUUUUUGUUUGCCAUCAUUCUUAAUGGGAAUUCUAAAUCAGGCUGCUUAGGCAAUACUUUCCGCCAAGAUCAUCAUCCAUUGAAUAUGGUACGCCCGCCGGUGUCGUGCCAAUAAAGUUACCCCAGUCAAAAAUUCUAUCACCUGGGCGGAGCCAUAUGGAGGUAGAUUUGUGUCUUUAAUUUUCAAUCACAAAAAGUUGCUUCAAUCAAAAUAUAUAUUUUAAACCAAAAAAAGUCGCUUCAAUCCAAAAAAAAA